GAUCUGACGAAUAUGAUACCAUGCUCAAAAAGAUUUGGAGAAGUUUGGGGAAGAGAAGGUGUUAUACUAGCUAUAUAUAGAGGCAUGUUUCCGGUGGGAUAGGGCUACACUCCGCUCGUCAAGGGUGGCACUUGUAUGGUUACAAGAAAGGUUGGCGGAAAUCCCCUUUAAGUCAAAACUUUGCAAAUGAAUAGUUACUACCACCUCCAACUUGAGCACUUUCAGUUAUUACUUGUAUGGUUUUUUUUGACAAACAGAGUCUUUGCAAGAACCCACUACAAUUAGAACCGAUGAAACUCAAUAUAGAAGAGGACGUCUUAAGAAUCAACCCAGGAAGAUGCCAUGGGCCUAUUCAAAAGGUUCAUUCAAAAUUUCCAGAGAUGUAUUCGAACUUGUAGGGAGAGAAAUGGUCAUCCUCUAGAGAGAUUUGAAUAGCCGUGACCCCUCUGAUUUUAUUUUGCAAUAUAAGUUUUGUAUAAAUGUGUUCUCUAAAGCAUCAAUAAUGCCGAGAUCUAUUUGAAAUGGAACAAUAUUGUGGUUGAAUUUUGAUAGUUGUAAAGUUAUGUUUCAAUUUUUAUUAGAUAUAUAAAAUACUUAAUAUUUUUUCCAACACGUUUGUUCAUUUCUAUUAUAUUAGCAAGUUUAAUUUAACCCUGAUUGGAAUCUAUAUUUUUAAAGUUUUGUUGAAUGUGGUCAGCAGAUGACGGAGUUGUUGCCCUUAAAAUGUGUCCUUUUUUUAAGGUACCCGGUAUUUGAAUUUCUCCCUUUUCACACAAUAGCUGUUAAUUAAUUAUAAUCAAUUGAACCCGAGUCCUCCCCCACCCUUUUUAUUUCUAAAAAAUAAAGAAUAUUGUUAACGAGUUCCUGAACAGAAACCAUAAUUAUAUAUAAUCAUUGGAAUUUGUAUGAAGUAAACUAUCCAUUCAAUAUGAACAGAAUUAAAUCAAUUCAAAGUUGUGGAACAGUCUAGAAAAAGUGAGGUGAAAGGAUGUCGAAAAUGGAUACUGUAGAAUGGUACCAUAAAAAUACUAGUAUUCUGAAGAGUGUACUGCAGAGCAGUUGUUUAUUAUAUUAUAAUAUAUGCCACCAUCACGCGAUUUGCAUGCUCUUCUGGUUUGGUUAUUCGUUCCUCGCCGAAACAGUGUAAAAAAUGAACACAUCAUCUAUGUUGAGGUGAGAGUAAAUCUCCCAGAAGCCAAAAAAAAAGAUUAAAUUAAGACAAUACAAUAUCAGUUCAGAUUUGAACCCCAACCUCUGGUUUAUAUGUGUAGAAGAUUGUGGACUUCGCCUGCUUGCCACGGAGGUGAGCCGUGCCCAUGUGCUGGAAGUACGGCCACUACCCUGAUCUUCAAAACUCGCAUUCAAAAAGGGAAUCUUGACUUCUCACAUUGUCCCACGGUAUGAGCAAUGCUGACAUGCCCAAACUGGACACUGUAACACUACGUCACCCCACAGUUCGUUGCAGCCUGAUCACAUUCUCGUGCAAAAUGUGAAUUUUACUCAGAAUCAUGAUCAGAAAGAAAAAAAUUCACACACAAAAAUCUGGGAGGGAAUGUAGAUCUCCGAUCGCCGUCACUUGUUCAUAGCAUGGCGAUGUGAAGAGACAACGUUUUUAGCUUUUCCGUCAAUUUUUAGCUGUGUGUGUGUGGAAUGUUUUAACAAGUUUGGGUUCAUGUCUUAUGUCUUCUUGUGAUUUUUACUAUUUCCCUUAUGGUGAUAAAAUAGUUAUUAUGAAACAGUAGCCUUCUAUUGCCUUUUCUGUGACAACGAACAUCUGUUCUGUGUGCUUCAAUUAAAUUCGAAAUUUUGGAUAACAAGACUCUUGUGGACACAGGUAAUACAUCUUCAAAACCUGCACUUGUGUAUGGUUCAACGUUUUGCCACAAUAUCAAAAUCUAUACAGCUACAGAGCUGUUUCAUGGUUGUAUGACUUAUUCAGACUAAUUUCAACACGUCAUUUCUUAUCCGAAAAUUUGAAAAGCUCUACAUUUCAAUCUGAGGAUAACUUUUUGAUGAGGAGCACGUGGAAAGGAAUACCAACGCCGGAAAAAUAGUGUCAAUUUGUUUGUCAAAAGUAAAAAAGGUAAAGUUCAAAUGAAAUAGAAAAAAUUGGGAAAUCAUUCUGUCGUGCUCUCAUCCUGACUAACCAAAACCUCACGAUCUCACCACUGAGUGUAGUCGUCGAUCACCAGAACAUUCCAAAUGAUGCGUGACGUCUCAUCCCUUCGUCAAACUCAUCUGAGGUUUUUCCGGAAGUCGGCAGAAUCCGUUCUCACGGAUUAUUUCAGCAUCGAGCUGCAGAAGGAAGUGGGCAGUGGCUAUGCUGGGACGGUCUACAGGGGCCUGAAGACCCGGGGAUCCAACAGGGAGGAGGUAGUGGCUGUCAAACACAUACGUAAAUCCAAGGUCAAAGGUCAUUUGAUAGACAAUGAGGUACGUCUGCUGCGGAUGGCCCAAGGAAACCAUGUGGUGCAUUACCGGUCGGCUUUUGAAUGCCUGGACUCGUAUCUUCUGGUUACUGAACUGUGUGGUCAGGGCGAUCUUCACAGUCUGCUGCACUACCUGGACAGUUCUGAGGUCAUGGCCAGAUUUUGGUUUCGCCAUGCUCAUGAACCAUAGUGAGGAGAAAACAUCCAUCUGCCACGGCACCAAGGAUUACUGGGCCCCUGAGAUGUUUCUGCCCUCACCUAACUUCAACCCAUUCAAAGCUGACGUUUAUGCCCUAGGUGUCACUUUCCUCGGAGUUUGUGAGAAAAGGCCAAUCAAACGCAAAGAUGACGAUAUCAACAGGAUUGUCAGGCAUAUUGAAGAUCCUCGGAAGAAGGCGUUGUUCGAGGGAUUAUUGGACCCGUCUCCUAAGUCGAGGUCCGAGCUGGACGUGAUGAAACGAAAUCGAUGGAUGACGGAAGGAGGCCGCACGGAACGCAUCUCAGUAGAUCGCCUCAAGCCUGCACAGGUAGACCCUACCCACCCUGUCCAUCUACAGCAACCAGCACGACGUGGCCGCCCUCCGGUGUUACGGGAACCAAAGCCUACCGUUAGGAGCACCGAUGGGCGAGAGCAAGAUACUGAGGCCGUUCACCACCGACAACUCACAACACCUGCUGGACGUCGAGUGCGUCCACCCACACGCUACCAAUGAUUCCAUGAGACGUCUGUGCUGGGGGGAGCCACGUUGACACCACCAUCUUCUCCACGUGGGGCCUCAUCUGAGAAAGCCAGCAGGUGAAGCUGCAGUGCUGUUUCUGACAUAAGCUACCUCUUCGAUCUGUGAAGAGACAUUCAAGUUCUGUGUUUCUGUAUACUGUCCUGAAAAUUGUCUCCCUGCACCACAGGUGACUCGGGUGUGUCUCUGUAUAAAGCACAUCUGGUGUGCCACUGUAAUGGUGUGAGGGGACAGACGAAGAUUGUACAAAAUUGUUCUCGGAUAAGCAGACCUAUCGUGUUUCGUGACCCUUUUACAGUCACACUGAAACAGAACGCUAUCGCUCAAAUUACCACAUUAAUCUAACAGUUAGUUAUGGUUUGUUCUUGGAGACACAUUUGAGCUGAAAGGUGGAAGCGUUACGAAGUGUCUCAGAAUACCUUUGCAAAUUGUUUCACUUUUACAAAGCAUUGCCUUUCAAUUGACUCAGUCAUUGUAAGCCUAUUUUAUAGGUUAAUAUAUCGAAACGGACAACUUUGGAGACUAUUACUGCCUCGUACUUUCGAAAAAAGUAUCAAAGCCUUGCACUUUUUAAUGAUACCAAUACAAUUUGAUUGUUGAUUACCUAUAUUUUUGCGUCAUCGUGUUACAUUUACAAGUCAUCAUUUGAUUAACAGCAAUUUUGGCACACUCCUUGCACAGCUAUGGCUCAUUGAAAGGGAAAAACAUCUUAAGUCAAGCAAAUGCAAGAUGUAAAACUGUUGGUUUUAUUUUUUGUAAACCAGUUAUAUUUUUGUGUGUCACAAUCACACCUCAGUUGACUCACGUGAAGAAUCGUUUUCGUUGCUCUAAAUUUUAUGGAAAUGGUACAGAGUAGUUUUUGUCAACGAUUACUUCGUUAAAAAGUGCUCGACUUUGAUAGUGCGUUGCUUUGUUACCCUUUUUUUUCGAAAGUGCACGGUCACGUUUUGGUGCGACUUGACUCUGUGUAGCCAUUCCUCAUUAUCUAUCAAAAAAAUUAUAUCUGGAAUAUCAAAUCAUACUUUAGUAAUCUUUCAAGCUAAGGGAAAAAAAUGUAAUUGGUGAUUGGAUUUUGAAUGCAAGGCAAGGGGAAGAAAAUAUAAAUUGCCUGGUCCAAAAUUUUUGAUUGAACAGGAAAACGAAAUGGGUCCUUCAAUAUUAAUUAGUAGCAAAUUCUAAGUCAAAAAUUGCGUAAACAUCACAUGUCAGCAUUAACACUUCCUAUUAUUUUCAUACAAUUAUGUUAUCCUACAACGCUGUAUUAGCAUACUAUUAAGCACUCACAUCUUUGUAUUCUUUUUUUUUUCUUUAGUAAUAUCACCGAAAAGCAAAAUAUGUCUUAUGUCAUGACGGGGGAUAUGACCUAAGCAACACUUAUUAUUUCAUAUUAAUUUUUAUGAAUUUCUUUCCUUCAGCCUUUUGGGGUUUUUUGAAAAGGGACAAAACCUUGCUCGGACCGCGGGCGAAAAAAGUAGAGUUAGCUACCCUUUAAAUUAUAAUGUAAAGGAAAGCCCAUGAAAACUGGUACAUUCAUAAUUUGUUAAUAAUAUUGAGAAUAAUUGUAAGAACACAAACUACUACAUUGCAAAUACAGAGUUAGAAAAAUUUGAAUUCCUAAAGUCUCUUAUAGUUAGGACCCUGCUUUAACACAGCUUUCCUCUUUAACCAUAAUAUGCAAGGUCAGUGCUCGAUUACCUGCCCUGAAGGUCGAUGACCAUGUAGAACCGUUUGUACACCUGCAGCUUCUCUCAGCAUUUCCUUGGCGGGUAAA